AUGGGAGACAAAGUCUUCUUGAAGGUCUCGCCAAGAAAAGGUGUUAAGAGGUUUGGGAAAAAAGGGAACUUAAGUCCCAGAUAUGUAGGUCCUUCUGAGAUUCUCGAGAGGAUGGGACCAGUUGCUUAUUGCUUAUCCCUACCUCCCGCAUUGGCUAGUAAACACAAUGUGUUUCAUGUCUCCAUGCUCAGAAAGUAUGUGUCCGAUCAAUCCCAUGUGCUUAGUUACGAACCGCUAGAGCUACAACCGAACAUGAGUUAUGAAGUUAAACCAGUUAAGAUACUGGAACGGGGAAUCAAAGAGUUGAGAACUAAAAGGAUACCCCUAGUUAAAGUCCUGUGGAGCAAUAUCGCGGUUGAAGAAGCUACUUGGGAGCUGGAGGAUGACAUGCGCGAGAAGUAUCCUGAGAUGUUUGAGUAA